AUCCUACAUGAUCAUUAUUAUUUUUAUUUUGACUGUAACCGCUUCGGAAUAAUUUCCUUUCAUAAGAACCACUUGCUCAACGGAGUGUAUCCAAAAAAGGAGUGUUAUGUGCAACUGUUACCAUUUCCUCCGUUUAUGCAUCUUCCAAUAAAUGUUCGAAAAUCCAUCUUUUCUCCGGCCGAAUGGUUAUAGACACCACUUUCUUGUUUUUUCGUAUUCUAAACAGGUAGGAAGAGGUAAAAAUAAUCGUUCUACCGUGAAAUGUUCGAAAAGUUUUUGAUGGGGGAAAAGAUGAGUUGAUGGAAGGUAAAGACGUUCGAAAGCGAAACAAAAACUGAAAGGUAUUGGAACAUACAAUAACGCGAUACCGAGAAGCGGUGUUUAUUUUUUUUUUCUUUGUCGAUUGCCUAAGAACUUGGAAUAUUUUUACGAUGAAAGAUUGGGAUAUAUCAGUGCCUUACUUACUACCCAGGAUUUCAUCGCUUAAAAAAUGUAGAAAUAACACUAUGCCAGCAAAGUUUCAUAAGCCUCCCCACAGAAAUUCUAACAUUCCUGAAUUAAAUACAAGAUGGUCAUCCUGGAGACGAUCGGACUAUAUCUAUCCUGGCAUGAUUCCAGAUCCAGAUUACAGUGAAUCGGAUGAAGGAAAUGAGGAAGACAGCGUUGGUGAUGAAUCAUCAGGAAGUCCUAGCAACUCUUCGGCUGAACCUCUAAGAGAUUUAGAAGAAGAAGAUGAAGAAGAAUGGGAAAACACCUAUAGAUCAUCACUUACAUACACAUUAGGAAGGGCAGGCACAGAAAAAUCUUCUUCAACAAGCAAAAUAAAUAGUUCACUCUCACAAUCAAAAAAAAGUUUAUUUUCUGCAAGUGAAACAGUUCCUAGGGCCAGAAAAAGUCAGUCUUUAGAAGAACAAGAUCUCAUUAAACCAAAGAAACCUUCCAAUCCUUAUCUUGAAUCUACGGAGAGAAAAAUGUUGCACAAAGAACUGGCUUUCAAGCAAAAGUAUGGACAAAGUAGCAUUAAUCAAAGAUCAGAAUUGCAGAGAGCUUUGGAAAAAUUUACAGAAGAGAAAGUUAAAAAAGAUCUUGCAGCUUCAAGGCAAUCUUCGCUCGAAAAAAUUCUUGAGCAGCAAGCUCGAAAGAUUGAAAUGUAUGAGGGUGAAGGAUCACAAGUUCGUCCAGCAUGGAUCGAACGUCUUCAACAGCAGCAUAUCAACAGAAAGGUGGAUCCUAAAGUCGAUGAAUUCUUCCGAGUACACGCAAAGGUAGUUGGCAGUCUCUUCCGAUCUCACUCGGCCGAUGAGGAAAGUAACCAUUCAUCAGACAGUUCUUCUUCAAGACGAUCUUCACCCUCAGAUAGUGAAGGAUGAGCUAUGUGCUCAAAGUUCCAUUUUUAUACACAUUGCAUACUUUUAUCUCGAUUGCUAUAGUAGUUGAGCACUAUAUGAGCAUAACUUCAAUAAAAACAUAUUU